AUGACCUUUGUCUGGCCUCUCGUUGGCCAAUACCGUUGCCGCCCUCUUGGGUUCUACUUUGCCGUCGAGGGCCGAGCCGGCCACUGCGCGACGCGCCGGCCGCCGGAGCUCCAGCAGCUUCGAUCUCGGCAUGCCAACCUACCACUCUCUCCCUUGUCUAUUUCGACUCUAUUCCUAUCAAUUCAAAGGUUCCAAGACCUGGCUGGCGAUCACUGCGGUCCCGAGGUUAUCGCCGAGGGUAUCCGGGUCCUGAAGACUAUCGAGGAGAACAAGCCCAGCGUUGGCAAGUUCAACCUCCAGGAGCAUCUCAUGGGUGGUGGCCUCCUCAAGCUCCGCAAGAAGAUGGGCACCUACGGUAACCUGCGACCCUGCUUCUUCGCCUCGGACUCGCUCGUCGACUCUUCACCCCUCAAGGCCGAGGUGUGCCGCGGCACCGACUUUGUCAUUGUGCGCGAGCUCACUGGCGGUAUCUACUUUGGAGAGCGCAAUUCUGCCUGGGACACUGAGUCUUACUCCCGCGCCGAGGUGGAGCGCGUCGCCUGCCUGGCUGGUUUCCUGGCCCGCGGCCGCGGUGACAAGAAGGUGUUGUCUCUGGACAAGGCCAACGUGCUAGCCACGAGCCGACUCUGGCGCAAGGUCAUGACCGAGACGUUUGAGAAGGAGUUCCCCGACCUCAAGGUCGAGCACCAGCUGAUUGAUAGCGCGGCCAUGAUCAUGGUCAAGAACCCUACCGGUCUUAACGGUGUUGUUGUGACGAGCAACCUGUUUGGUGACAUUAUCAGCGACGAGGCCAGCGUCAUCCCCGGCAGCAUUGGUCUCCUGCCCAGUGCCAGCUUGAGCGGUAUCCCUGAUGGCAAGGGCAAGUGCAACGGUAUCUACGAACCCAUCCACGGCUCUGCCCCUGAUAUCUCGGGCAAGGGUAUCGUCAACCCCAUCGGCACGAUCCUGUCCGUGGCUAUGCUUCUCCGAUACUCUCUCAACCUUCCCGAGGAGGCUGUGCGUGCUGCCCUGGACGGUGGCCUCUGA